AUGGCCAAGGUAAAUAGAGAUUCAUUUUUAUAUAUUUAGAUAUAUAUACUAGCUGUCCCGCCCAGUCUUGCCCGUGUCAUUAUUUACCCAUAAGUGAAUAACAGACUAUUUGGCUUAUUGAAUAUCAUAAAAAAUAUAGUUAUUUUGAAAUGUGUGUGUUAUAUACACAUUUGGUAAACUUUAAGCACUUAGAUUAGUGAUAGAUACCUAACCUAUUAAAUAACUAUUUUUUUUAUCUAAAUAAAAAGUUCUAUAGUUUUAUCUUUAUCUAGAUAGUUAUAUUUUGAUGUAUCUGUUAUAUUCAUAUAGAUAACUUUUCUGUUAAUUAUCUCUUAUUUUUAUCUAGAUAUUUAAAAAUGUAUAUUUAUACAAUACUCUGCUAUCUGGGAAGCAUAAUUAUGAAUAUCUACAAACAAUUAACCGCUGACAUAAAAAAGAGAAUAGCUCUUGCUAAACAAGUUUUUUUUAAGAAGUAUAAUAUACUUAAUAAUAAGCAUCAUAAAUUUGAAACUCGUAAAAAGUUUAUUAAAACUUUUAUAUGAAGUGUCUUAUACAAUAGUCGCCGCUUAUAGUGAUCUCAUUUGUCCGAGAGUAUUUUGAUCACUAUAAGCGGUGACUCGAAAAACAGGUAAAAAAUAUCAGAAAAAUAAAUAAUUUUACAUAUAUAGGUUUUAUAGGUUUUUUCAAAAAAGUUGGAGAUGUUUGCGUUAUUUUUUUUUUUUUUAUACAUUUUUCGGGUACCAAAAGUUUCACUUUUCCAACUUACCCACAAGUUGCGCCACUGGUUUGAAUUGCAUCAGUCAUAAAAUUUGUUUGUUAGUCUGUCAGUCAUUAUCAGUCAUAACAUAUAAGGUCAGUCUUGUUUGACAAACAACGUAAUUGACAGUCUAGAGUCUAGACUCUAGACUGACAGUUUCUGGGAGGCUUUAUAGGUGGGUUACACUAACAUUACAUAAGGUUAGGUUCAUAAAAAUCGUCAGGUUUUUCCUCCUUUUGUGUAUUAUUGUAUAAUUUCUAUUUUUGAUGAUUAUUUCUGAUCACUAUAAUCGAAAAUCGGAGUACAGUUAGCGGCGAAAGAUGCACUGAUAAUUACUGUUUGUUCCGUUCCUAGCAUUUCUUAUCACUAUAAGCGGCUGAUUCUUAUAACCAGUGACAUUGUAAGCGGUGACCACUGUAUUAUGGAUGCGAGACAUAGACUAUGACACAGAAAGACGAAAAUGAACUGCAAACAAUGGAGAUACUAUUGAGGAAGAAGAUGACUAAGACCAAUUAGAUGAAAAGAAAGCUAAAUUAAAGUUUUAGAAAAAAUCGAAGACAAAAUAAGUAUUGAUUAACAUAGUAGAAAGGAAAAUCAAAUUUAUUGGGCAUCUUUUCCGUCACAAUGAUUUUCUUUAUAAUAUAUUUAAAGCAAGAAUAAUGAGACAAAGACCAAGAAGUAGACUAAGAGACAAGAAUAAACAAUUGUAGUCCCAUGACUACAAUAUGGGUAGGUAAUAAAAUGUCAAUGUGGUCCACGAGGAUAGAUAAUUUAAUGAGUAAUCCAUGAAUAAAUAAUAUGAUUAAAUGGUUUAUUUAGCCAUGGGAUAAUCUAAAGGUCGCCAUACAUUACGAUAAAAUACCACGGUUUUAAUCGCCACAAUGAAAGUGUGGUGUUUGAAAUCAAGAUUAGACAGAUAUAAAAACUGUCGUAUUUCGUAUUCGAUUUGACCAACGUAUUUUAUCGUAGUGUAAGGCUGAAGGCGGUGUCUACGAUGAAUGACCAUGCCCGUGAUCCGGCUUCAAAAAACUCAAUGCGCACGCUGCUACACUGCCGUUCGUCCGUCCGUAUCAUUAUUUAUUGCACGGUUGCACGGUUGCACGUGCGAUAACAAUAUUUUAGCGGUAAAUCAGUAACCACCUGUCAUUUAACGUCCGGUAUAUACGUUUUGUGAUUUAUGUUUGUACUCGUAGUUCUCCCGACUGCAGAGGACUGUCAUUAACGGAUUGUUGUAUAUUUUUAUGCGUAUUAGUAUUUAUAUACAAUAUACCUUGCUAAAGUAUAGAAAAGUAUCAUUCGUACAGUUAAUUUGUUGACGGCAUUGUUUUUUUUUUUAUAUUAACACUGAUUUUAACGUAAAAUUUAAAAUUUUUUUCUUUAAAAAAAUGGUAAUAUUUUCAUUAUAAUGAAUAAUGAGUUAUCCUCGAGUAUUCUGAUGAAUUAAUGAUGAUUGAACUGAUUGGAUGUAACUUUUGUGUAGAGUAACCAUUUGCUUUGUAAGUAUGUAGAAAACAAAGAUGAACAGCAGUACUUGGAUCAUAUAAAAAAUAUAUUGGAUAAUGGGCAUCCACAAAUGGACAGGACCGAAGUUGGUACACUCUCAAUAUUUGGUGCUCAAAUGCGGUAUAAUUUAAAGAACGGUAAAAUUUGAAUAUCUAUGAUUAAUGUUUGUGGUUUUAUAUACAUAUGUUGCUUUAUUUUAGGUGUUUUUCCAUUAUUGACCACAAAACGUGUAUUUUGGCGUGGCGUCGUUGAGGAGUUAUUAUGGUUCAUUAAAGGCUCCACUAGUGCAAAAGAAUUGUCUGAUAAAGGUGUUAAAAUUUGGGAUGCCAAUAGUUCACGUUCAUAUUUAGAUUCUAUUGGUCUCGAACAACGCGCAGAAGGUAAUUAAAUAUAUGAUAGUUAACCAAAUAAGUUUGUUGCACUUUAUUUAAAUUAUAAUUAUUUAAUUUUCGUUUUUUAUUUACGUUAAAAUGACUAUAUUAAAAAUACUAUACUAAAAAUUGAUUUAGUGUAAAAUGUUCAAAUGUCUUACCUAUUUUAUCCCUAUAUAUAUACAGAAAAUAUGUAUAAAUGAUAUCAUUAAUAGUUUAGAAACCACUGAAUAUAUAACUGUUGAUUCAAAUUUAAAUUGGUUAAAAUAAAUUUUAAAAUUAUUUUGUCACUUUGUAUGGCUGUGAAAAAUCUUCUCGUGUCCAGUUAGGACAAUUAUUUACCCUUUAAAGUUGAUUAAAUAAGAAAAAAAAAAAAUUAUAAUAAAAUAAAAUAAAUAAUAAGCUAAGUAAUAAUAAACAAUAUAUUAUUUGGUCAAAUGUUGUAUUGUAGCCAAUUUGUAGCUAGGUCUAUAGUCUUUUGAUUCGCUUGGAAAAAUUAUAUGUAAGUACUGAAGAGUACACUAUAAAAUAGUUACUAGAACUUAUUUUUGAGCCAUUUUUUUUAUUAAAUUAAAAUUCAGGCGAUUUGGGACCAAUUUACGGAUUUCAAUGGCGACAUUAUGGUGCAGAGUAUGUUGAUAUGCAUACAGAUUAUUCGGGAAAAGGUAUCGAUCAGCUUCAAAAAGUCAUUGACACAAUAAAAUCGAGGCCUAGUGAUAGACGGAUGCUUAUGGUUGCAUAUAAUCCAUGUGAUGUGCCUAAAAUGGCAUUACCACCUUGCCAUUGUUUGGUACAGUUUUAUGUUGCUAAUGGAUAUUUAUCGUGCCAAAUGUAUCAAAGAUCAGCUGACAUGGGACUUGGAGUACCUUUUAAUAUUGCCAGUUAUGCGUUACUUACAUACAUGAUUGCCCAUAUCACUGAUUUAAAAGUGAGUAGCUAUAAUGUAUACUAAUAUUGAGGUUUAAAUAUAUUUUAAACAAUAGUUUUUCUUUUCUUACUUUAUUGAGAUUACUCAAUUUCAGAAGUUACAUUUUUAGUUUCAUUAUACUUAUUAAUAAUAUAUUUAUUCAACAAUGAGGAAUUGUUAGUGAUGAAUCACAAUUUGUAUAUCUACAUAAUUAUAUUUUUAUACAUUCAAUAGCCCGGUGAAUUCAUUCAUACAUUGGGUGAUAGCCAUAUCUAUCAAAACCAUAUUGAUGGACUUUGUGCCCAACUUAAAAGGAAACCUAAGCCAUUUCCUACAUUAGUUAUCAACAGAAAAGUUGAGAGUAUAGACGACUUUAAAUAUGAAGAUUUUAUGUUGACUAAUUAUGAUCCAUAUCCCAAAAUACAAAUGGAAAUGGCUGUAUGA